AUGGCUACUACAUCCAUUCAACGACCUUGGUGGACAUACGAUGUCUUGGUAAGUUUUAGAGGUGAAGAUAUCCGUAAAAGCUUUAUGGAUCAUCUAUUCAAAGAUUUAAAACAAAAAGGAAUUCAUGUGUUUAGAGAUGAUAUGGAUCUCACCCUAGGCAAAAACAUAUCUCCUAAUCUCGACAAAGUCAUUCAAGAAUCGAGGUUUCUCGUAGUCAUCUUCUCUACAAAUUAUGCAUCUUCGUCAUGGUGUUUGAGGGAACUUGUAAAAAUCCUUGACUGCAAGGAGGCGAGAGAGCACAAGCAUGAGACUGGGAGCUAUGCACAAGCGUUUGCCAAACAUGAGAUUUCAAACAAAGCAGAGGUUGCUAAAUGGAAGGAAGCUUUAUCCAUGGCUGCCAACUUAUCUGGAUGGGAUCUCGAGGACAUGGCAAAUGGGUUUGAGUCCAAAUUCAUUGCUAGCAUCUCUGAAGAAAUCCUAAAAGCAUUAUCUCAUGAACCUUUGCAUGUCGGCCAGAACCUUGUAGGGGUGGAUGCCCGUAUAAAGAAAAGGAACUUGUCACGGUUUGUUCACUCAAACAAAGUUCACAUGAUUGGAAUAUGUGGUAUUGGUGGAAUAGAAAAUACCACUUUUGCCAAAGCCAUUUAUAACCUCAUAUAUAACCACUUUGAGGAAUGUAGCUUUUUGGAUGAUGUCCAAAGGGCCACAAAACAACAUGCACUAACUCAUGUCAUAAUGCAACUUAUUAAUGACAUCAUGAAAACAAUAGAUGUGAGGAUAUCCAACAUUGGUCAAGGAAUUAUGGUAAUGAAACAGAGAAUGGCAACUAGACGGAUCCUACUUGUUAUAGAUGAUGUAGAUCAUCGUGAUCAGUUAGAAGCACUCUCAGGUUCAUGUGAUUGGUUUUUCCCAGGAAGUUUGAUUAUUUUCACUAGUAAAGACAAGCAAUUGCUAAAGUCUCAUAAAGUGGAUGAAAUCUAUGACAUGGAGUUUCUCGAUGAUUUUGAAUCCCGUAAGCUCUUUAGUUUGUAUGCUUUUCAUAAAGAACAUCCUACUAAAGAGUUUCAAGAACUUGCUCUGCAAGUUGUGCAGUAUGUGAAAGAUACAAAUAUCAAAGUUCUAGUUGACAAGUCAUUACUUGUUUCUCGUAAUGAUUUGCUUGAAAUGCAUGACUUGAUCCAAAAUAUGGCAAGGGAAAUUAUACGCGAAGAGUCGAACACCCCUGGGAAGAGAAGCAGGUUGUGGAUUUCAUUGGAGGUUUAUGAUGUAUUGAAUAAAAACGAGGGAACAGAGGCAGUUGAAGUCCUUCACCUUUUGCGAAAUGAAGAUUAUCUAAAGGUUCACAUUGAUGCUAAAGCUUUUGCACAUAUGAAGAAUUUGCGGAUCCUACAAAUAUGUGAUGAAGAACUCAGACAUCAUUGGCAUGCAUUUGAUUUGAARUUGUGGAAGGAAUCUAAGGUGAAUUACGGCGUGAAGUUGAAAUUUUUAUCAAAUAAGUUAAGGUUACUUUAUUGGCAUGGAUUCCCUUUCAAGUGCUUCCCUUCAGAUUUCUACCCAGAAAACAUUGUUGCAUCGAUUUGUCUUACAACCACAUCAAAAAUCUCUGGACAUCGCCUAAGGUUGAAAGUGAUGAAGCUAAGGCAUUGUCGUAACCUAACAAGUACCCCCAAUUUCACAAUGAUCACAAAUCUCGAAGAACUCAUUCUUGAAGGUUGUGUGAAUUGUGAGGUAAAAGAAUGUGGUUUUAGACUUGUUUUUKAUGAAGAUAUAGAAGAAGAGACGAAUGGUGGAGGAAUCAUCGACGUUUCUAUUGGUCAGG